GUUAUUACGCAACUGAUCUCACGCAUGGGCAUGACAGGACAGUGAAAACCUGUGAACAGUGGAAACUGUACAAAAAGAGAGCGUGAGGUGUUGGUUUAUCUGCUUCCUGCUGAAAGCUGAGGAUGAAGCCGGUGAUGGUGGUGCACGGUGGGGCGUGGGCUAUACCGGAUGCGUUUGCCGAGGCGUCUGUGGCCGGGGUGAAGGCUGCUGCUCGGGCGGGGAACGCGGUUCUGAAGAUUGGGGGAAGUGCACUGGAUGCUGUUGAGGCUGCUGUGAGGAUGAUGGAGGAUGAUCCAGUAUUUGAUGCUGGUCACGGAGCCGUGCUGAAUACUGAUGGAGAAGUGGAGCUGGACGCCAUCAUCAUGGAGGGAAAAACACUGGCCGCCGGAGCUGUUUCUUCAGUCCGAAACAUCGCCAACCCCGUUAGCCUCGCCCGCGCCGUGAUGGAAAAGACCCCCCAUGUCAUGUUGACCGACCGCGGAGCAAACCAGUUUGCAGAAAGCAUUGGCAUUAGCAUGCUGCCCACAGACGCUCUGGUGACUGAGGAAGAGAGGAGAGAGUGGGAACACUGUAAGAAGUAUGUUGUUGGUGUCAAAGAGCUCUUUAACUCACAAUGGGGCCACGACACUGUCGGAGCUGUGGCGCUGGAUUCUAUGGGUAAUGUCGCCUGUGCGACUUCAACUGGAGGAAUCAGGAACAAAAUGGUGGGAAGAGUCGGAGAUUCUCCCAUUAUAGGAUCAGGUGGAUAUGCAGACAAUAAGAGUGGUGCAGUGUCCUGCACUGGUCACGGAGAGUCUAUUCUCAAAGUCACCUUAGCCAGGCUCAUCCUCUUUCACAUGGACCAAGGACGGACGGCCUCUGAAGCAGCUGAGCACUCUCUGCAGUACAUGGGCGAGCGUGUGCAGGGUGGUGGUGGGGUUAUAGUCGUGUCCCCCACCGGAGACUGGACCGCAACAUUCACCACAGAGCGCAUGGCCUGGGCAGCCGUGGAUGAGGAUGUUCUGAGCUAUGGAUUAAAUCCUAAAGACAAAUUUACGGAAACAGUUAAUUAAUACUUAUAAUGAUAGAUUUCUAUGUACAUACAGCUCUGGAAAAAAGUAAGAGACCACUUAAAAUUGAUGAGUUUCUUUAAUUUUACCAAAUUGGAAACCUCUGGGAUAUAAUCAAGAGUAAGAUGGAUGAUCACAAGCCAUCAAACCAAGCUGAACUGCUUGAAUUUUUGCAUCAGGAGUAAAGGCAUAAAGUUAUCCAAAAGCAGUGUGUAAGACUGGUGGAGGAGAACAUGCCAAGAUGCAUAAGAAACAGGGUUAAUCCUCCAAAUAUUGAUUUCUGAACUUUCUUGUUUUCUUUGCAUUAUUCAAGGUCUGAAAGCUCUGCAUAUUUUUUGUUAUUUUCUGCAAAAUAGUUUAUAGAAUAAAACAACAAUGUUCAUUUUACUCAAACGUAAACCUAUAAAUAGCAAAAUCAGAGAAACUGAUUCAUAAACUGAAGUAGUCUCUUAAUGUUUUUUUUCCAGAGCAGGUUUGACUAUUAAAUCCUCCCUAUGUAACAGACUUUACUAAUAAAACACACUCUAUUAACUGUUCUCCUUAUUAAAAAUAUAGACCUACAUUUAUCUUUUGAUACAUCUCCACUAAAUGGGCUGCUGUGUUAUUUAAACACUAAAAGAAAAAGAAAGGAAAUUAUUACUCUGGGAGGAGAAAAACUGUAGCUUGUUGAUUAACUAUAAGAAUGAUGCAUUCAUUUCAAAAACACUCAUUUGUGCUUAAUUCACUACAUAAUUUUAGUCUAAUGUAAUACAAAUAAAAUAUUGCACUGUAUUACAAGCUAUUAUACAUAUGUCAACAUUCAUCUACUAUACAAGACUGAAAUACACAGUGUACAUGGUGCAGCUAAAUCACAGCACUAGAGCUGAGAAUGAGAAUUAAAUAUUUUUGCACUACUGACAGAAUUCCUUCCUACUGAAAUUUGUUUGUUUAGUAUUAGAUUUCUGUAUGAAUGUGUAGAGUCAGCCUAAUCACACCCUUGAGUCAGUAAGCUUGUUGUAAAAUGUAGCUGUGUGCAUGUUAUUUAACACUUAUCGAUUAGUCUGCAGUUCAGUGUGAUCAGCGAAUGUACUCACUUACAGCACCUCACACCUCACUUUCACACCUCUUUUCUGAUUGAAGCCACACCCAGAUUUAGGUUCUCAUUUUAAAGAAUGUAGCAAAAAAAAUAUUAUUUGGGAAUUAUGAAAUUUGGUAAUCAAGGUAUAGUUUCUCAGUAUCUAAACAAAUGCUGAAUGACAUCUAAGCCCACUCAGGACAUAUAGUUUGGAAAGGUUUUGGAACUGCAGCUACAUUUUAAUAGAUAUUUACUUGCUGUUUUUGUAACUUAACUUAAUAUAUUGUAACUAAAACAUAAAAAAUCAUAUUUUUUUAUUUAUGUUCUGGAAAAACAGCUAAAUAUAAUUUGGAAGGUCAAAUGAGUGCAGGCUUUUGUGUAUAACUGUAAAAGCACAUGAUUUUCUAGUUUUAGAGGAUGAAUGCUGUCAGUCCUACCAAAACCAGUUAAGAAGAAUUUUUCUAUCUCACUUACAUAAAAUAAUAAAAAAAUGGUAUCACUUCUUAUGAACUCUAUAUUCAUAAUGCAUUAAGACUGUUAUAAAAUAUAAGUAUGUGACUUUUAAAGAGAGGCUUACAUUUCCCUUAUAAUACUUCUUUAUAAGAAGAUUUUGGAUACAUUGUCACAUACUUGGACUGCAUAAUGUGUUAUGUAAGUUAUUUAUGAGUUAUUAUAAGGUAUUAGGUAUGCCAUAUAAUGCAUUAUAAAUACAUUCAUAAUGCAUUAUGAAUACAGGAUUCAUACAGGAAGUGUUCAAAUAGUAACAAUCAAUUGUUACAAAUAUUUUGGAUACUUUGGAUAUUGGAUAACUGAACUCACAUGUAAAUAAUAUAAAGUAAUCUGUGGUCUUUAUCUUUUUCUUCAUUUUGUUCUGUCCGUCCUCAGUGAAAGGAUGGUGCUGCUUUAGUGGAGUAAAGACUGCUGAAGGCAUGCUCGUCCCUGGAGCCGGAUACAGCAGCAUCACUUAUCCAGUACAGGGUCUGUUUUCUGUAGCUCAUAGCAUUAGAAUCUGCUCGGUCUUCUCCGAACGCAGCUGCCGUCCCAGAGCCAGUGAACUUUGUACUGAAGUAAAACUGAAAAGUGAUUGUGUUCUGGCUGCCAGGAUUAUGAAACAAUACUUUGAAAUGAUUUUCUGUGAUGUUCUACUUCUUGCUGCUUGUUGGAGAACUGCUAAGAUAAUGCGAAAUAGAAACAAAGACAAACUGAUCAACUAUUCCAACUGGGGAACUGGAGGAGGAAUAAUUAGAAUAUUCUGCUUCCAGAAAGUCUAGUUUUGUGUUGGAGGAAACUAUUCUGAUUCCCUGGUGGCGACGCUCAUCUCCUGUUUUCCUCAGAAAUGUAGACAGAACUGUAAAAUCCGGUACGCUGACAUUUUCCUCAGUGUUGUGCAGCGAAUUAAUGUUUAAAAUGUUUAUGUUCUGAAGAUUCACGUAGACGCUCAGUACUAAAUCAGGUUAUAUUCACGAUGAAAUGGUUGUGGUGAAUUUAGAAAAGUUGGCAAUACACAGUACAGGCCAG